AAGGUCAUUGUCAUUGGUCCAAUCCUCCAGUGCAAGUGUUUACAUGCUCGUUAAAAAAGCGAGUUGUAGCAGGCAGGUACAUCUUGGUGCUGUUGGCAAGUGCCAAGAUAGUUUUAUUGUGUUGUUUUCCGCUGUGUGAACUACAGAGCUAUUGCUUUGCGUGUGGUUUUUCUGUAAGUAAUUUACAAACGUGUGUUGUGUUUAUUCAAGACGGCGUGAGUUUAGAAUGGUGUCUGCUUUCAUCAAAUGCGUUUGUAUCGGAACUGUCAUGUAACUAUGGAGUCCACAUGCUUAUGCGGUGACACAUCGUUGAAUCACACAGUCUUCCUUGACACUGAAGGACAGAAUGGUGGUCGUGGGAAAGGACCGCCCGAAGAAGCCGUCGCAUCGCUCGGUGAGCCGGUGUCCGUGAUGGCUCGCAAGGGGGUGGAGCAGGGCCCCACGGAAGCGAUGUCGGGCGGCGACGCGACGGAGCUGCAGGAGGUGGAGGUGGAGGAAACCCAGGAUGCAGUGGUCUUCGUGAAGCCGCGCCAGCGACGAGCGUCCGACGUCAUCGACUCGCUGGGCAGCCGGCAGCCUGACAGCCCGCGCUCGCGCAACUCCUCUGUCAGCAGCCCCCGGGGCCGCGAUGCCCCCUGGUCGCAGGACUCCGUCUUCGGUACCACGCCUCCGAGUGGCCCCAGCACUCUGAAUGCAGUUCGCAAGACGUCACCGCGCUGGAGCGACACUAGCUCGGAGUCGUCCAUCUCUCCGGAGUCGGACGUCGGAUACGGCAGUAAGAAUUCCUUGCUGAUGACCAGCUCGGUCGAGGUGUUCACCCCGGACUGGCUGAAAAAGAAGCUCACCCCAGCGGGCAGGAGACAGCCGGAUGAAGCGGACGCCAACCCAUAUGAAACUGAGGAAUAUGACAAAAAUUUGGCCGAGGACGAGGUGAAGGAAGUGGUGAUGUCAGUGCACAGGCACAGUCUGGAGUACAACAUGGACCACAAGCACAGAGGCAAGGCAGUCAUCUUCAACCACGACCAGUUCGAGGAGGCGAACCACGAGCGGCCGGGCUCCAAGGUCGACGUGCAGAACCUGAGCGCGGUCUAUAGCUCGCUGGGCUUUGAGGUGGUGGUCCAUCACAAUCUCGAGCUGGGGAAGCUUAGGAGCACCCUGCAAAGUCUUGCCAAGGAAGACCACUCUGAAGCUGACUGUCUCUGGGUUACGGUACUGACCCACGGUCACCAGGGUGGCUUGAUUAAGGCAUACGAUGCCUACUAUCCUGCAGAAAUACUAUGGUUGCCUUUCACGCCAGACAGGUGUGAGUCCUUGGGCGGGAAACCAAAGAUAUUUGUUAUUCAGGCUUGUCGUGGGGACAGAUUGGAUACCGGGGUUAGGAUGGUCGCUAGAAGUACGACUCAGACUGAUUCUAGCGUUCAGUCCUACAAGCUGCCGUUAUAUGCUGAUUUCUUGAUUGCCUACAGCUCGGUGGAUGGCUUCUACUCGUUCCGCAACCCGGAGGAGGGCACGUGGUACGUGCAGUGCCUGUGCUCGGAGCUGGCCGAGAGCGCCACCACCGUCGACCUGCUCAAGAUAUUCACCAUGGUGGCGCGCCGGGUGGCCGUGGAGUACGAGACCUUCAACGACGAGAAGCCGUGGAUGAGCGAGAAGAAGCAGAUCCCGUCCACCGUCUCCAUGCUCAUCCGGGACGUCUACUUCCGGCCCAAGGGCGGACGCAGCGCCGCCGACUGAUGGCUCUGGUUCGGGCGACUCGUCCCAGCAGCGAUGUUACGUUAAGUUUGCAUUGGAGUUGGUUUCGCGAGUGCUUUAGUAUUGAUUUUCCUGUAGAAAAUUUUAGUUACUGUUUAGCAUUUAACGCAUCAGAAAGUUAUGUACGAAGUGCAAGACGUAAGAAAUAAAGAUUGCUCAAGGUUGUUAUACCCUACUAUACUAUAUAAUUACUGUAUAAUGUUUUUAGUAACAUACUGUGUAGUUACUUUUUGAGUUAUAUAAAAAUUUCCUAAAUGGUUUUCUGCCACAAAUAUUCGUAAUUUGAGUUUAAAACUUUAAAUAUAUAUAUUUUUUAACUGGUGUGAGGCACAUUAUUUUAUUCUAUGUAAAAAUUAAUAACUUUAGUAGUAAUGAUGUUAUGUUUUGCAUAUCAUGUAUACAAGUGUCUUUAUAACAAUUCUUUGAGCAGUAUUUAUUUGAAAAUAAGUGAGUCCUUUAUGGCAAAUUUUUCAAAAUGUUUAUAAGUACAUCAGAUGUACUUUUGUAAUUAGUUAAGUAUGUAGCUCAUUAUAGCAUAUGAUAAUUAGAUGUAUUAUUUGUAACAUACAUACUUUCAUGUGGUAGAUCUACAAGAUGCUGUUACCAUUUAUGUUGUGCAAUGGCAGUAUUGAAUAGUAAUAGUUCAGAGUUGCUAUUGAACUGACUUAACUGACAUUCUAAAAUUGGGUUUUGUGCUAAGAUUUUGUAUGUUAUAAUAUGCACAAUGAUUGAUGCCAAGUUCUUAUAUUUGUGCUGCAAGGAUGUUUUAUGUGACUUGAAAUUUACCUAGUAAAAGUAAAAACUUAAAAUAUUGUUAUAAAUAUAAAUUAAGAUUUGGUUAAUAUGUUAAUAGCCUGUGACACAGUUUUUAUUUUAUUUUUUUUUAUUUCUGUUUAUAUUGAAGUUUGCUUAAGAAAUUAUCAUUAAAAGCUGUUGUUUUCAAGUUGUGUGAUAUACCUUCAAGCUUAGGUAGAGUUAUAGGUUUGGGGGUGCUUUGACGACCAGUCUUUUAAGUACUAUCUAGAGUCUAAAGUAUAUUCUCUAGUGCUAGUGUGAAAGGAAAUUCUGGCAGUUACCCAGUUUUGCAGGUUAUGUACAUACCGUAUUUACCAGAAUAAGCCGCGCACCUCAAAUAUUUUGACCAUGGCAAAAAUAUUUGUUGUUUAGAAUAAUCUUCACAAUAAACUUUUAUAACAGAACUUGUGACCAUGUUUCAAGUUUAUAUUAAUGUCUAUUCUGGACUUUGUAAUUUAUUCAAUUAUAAUAUAAUUGGAUUUACAGUUACUGUAAACCUAAUAGCAGUCUUGGUACCAGUGUUGUUUGCUGGUUAUUGUUGUAAGCACUCUAUUCUUGCACAAGAGUACUAUUAAAUUUAUCAAUAUUUGCAAUAAAAAUCUUUCUGCAAAUAUACAUCCCUACAAAGAUCAGGCAGUAAAUAUUUUAUUUAGGGAUUAACUGUGAAUUAUAACAUGUUUACUGUAUUGCGAGGAAAAAGCAUUAUGUUUUUUCAGCAACCACAGAUAAUCACUUCUGCAAUCAGUCCGAAAUUAGUAACAAUUAUUGCAAUGUCUUUCUGACAAACACAUGCAAACCUAAUGCAGAUAUCCACCGUUCAUUAAGCAAUAGCAGGUCAACCAACCUUGGAGCUUGACGAAACUUGUUGCCAUGCUGCGUUGGCAUGUUUUCAUCACACAUUUUACUAAAGAUUGUGCGGUGGUUAUGUGGAUAAAUAUGGUAUUUCUUAUACCAAAAGUGUUUUUUGUAUCUUAAAAUUUGUGUUCAGUGUAGCUUAGUUGGCAAUUGCCCAGAAAAUGUUUGAAUUUUGAACUUGGUUUUGAACAAUUUGUAAUUAUUUACUUAUAUGUGUAAAGUUGAUACGGAAGAACUAAAACAAAAUACCUUAAAUCUUUACUGUUUGAAUUUUGAUCACAUAGAAUUUUUCUAAUUUAUUCUCUUUCUCUGUUCAUAUAAUAUUCAUACUAUUAAAAAUCAAAUUCAUAAUUGCAAUUUUAGAUCCUAUUUUUAGCAUAAAGGUUUUUAACCGAACGUAACUUUAAUAAUAGAAAUACAUGUCUUUUUAAAAUUAAAUGUUUGAAACAUAUGAAAGUGCCUUAGUUCUAUUGCCACAGAUUUAUCUUGAUUUUUUUAAUAUCAUUGAAAAAUCACUUUCUAAUAGUAUAAAUGAUUGCCUUGUAUUUGUAACAUUUAAAUCAUAAAGUUACUUUCUUUAUACACAAUGAUUCACUAAUAAAAAUAUAUAUUAAGCUGGUAUUUUUCCAGUUCAUUAGAAGCUUUAUCUCAUGUUUCUCUGAAAUACUCAAGUCUUUAUUGGUUUUUUUUAAAAUCAUAGAUGAACUUUUGAAAGCUUGUUAAAGAAGUACAUUUUUUGUGGUUAAGUAAUGUUAGCUAUAAAAAAUCUAAUACUAUUGCAUAGCAAUGAAUAGAAAUAUAAAUUUAUAGCCAGACUGCUGGAAACGUGACAAAACAUGUGGAACAAAUAAAAAAACUUGUGUAGUAAUGAGGAAAAAAAUUUCUCACUGAUUCAUUAUUGCUUAGCAAUACCAAGCUUCGGUAUGUUAAUGUUGUUUUCUUCUUGCUGCUUAAUAGUAAAGGUGUAAAAUCUGUAAUUUUAGUGAUUGCACUGUAAUUGAAUGACGUACUUUCUAUACUGUAACUAUAAGAUUCUUGUAUGUAUUUCAUUUAGUAUUUACUUAUUUCCUUAAAGCUAACUUUAUUUUGUCGAAGCUCAAAGUUGAUUUUUUUUCCAGAUGAUUAUUCACUACAAAAAAAAAUAUUUUUUCCUGUGUACUUUCUUUAUAACUGCUGGUUUUAAUCACUUCACACACAUAAUAGCAUCUCACAUUCAUAAAUGUUUGAUAUUUGUACCUUCAAGAAAGGAAUUAAAGUGAGUUUCCUUUUUAGUAUUGGCCAUAAUAUCCUUUUUUUUUUUGUAUAUAACAUCUUGAGAAUGUUUGUAGUAGUGAUGUGAUCUCAAUUAUUUCAUACAGUGUGUUGUUUGUAGCUACCUUCAUGUAAUUUGAGGAGUAAUUUUUGUAGCCUGCUCAUUGUAUUUAUUUUUGCAGGUCUGAAACAUUUCCUACAUUUCCUGAAUCAUUUAAGCUGUGUAUUCAAAAUUUUAUUUAUAUAUUAUUAAUUUUUUAAAGUGUACCGUUAUUGAAGUUUCACAUAGAGAAUUAUUUAUUUUUAAAGAUGUUAAAAAUAUUUUAUUGUUUUAAAUAAUGGUUACUGAAAUAUAUUUGUCUACGUGGUUUCCUAAGUAUGUUUAUAUGUUUUAUUAAAAUAAUUUCACAAUAUUAGUUAUGUCUUAUGUUCAUACAUCAUACAUCAUGUGUAACAGUCAACUAAUACAUGUAGAUUAACAACAUAAAUGACUGAUGUUACUUUAAGUUUUGUAUUGUAUUUUAUACUGCCACAGAUUAGUUCCUGUAAAAAUAAGAAUUUAAUACAGUUGGAACUUUUUCGGAUAUUUUUAAGAGAAUAGUGUAGGCCACAUAUGUAUUAUAUUUUGUUUUAUUUAAUUUGUAAAUGGUACUAGAAUGUCACAGCAACAUACCUAACGUACAGUAUUUCUACUGCAAUACAGUACAGGUUGUUUUCAGUUAGGAAUUUAUUAUUAUGCUUCACUUGGUUUUAAAAACAAUAUGUUCUUUGUGAUAUUGUAAAAUUGUUUGUUUGUAUGGAAAAUAUUCUGCACAAAAUAAAGCAUUGUGUAAAUAUUAUUAAAUUUUUAUAAGGGAUGUGUAGGUAUAAAUUAGGGAUGGGACGAUUCCAAAAUUUUCGAUUGCGAUACCCGAUUAGCGAUUCCUUAAAAAAUCCUUCAAUUCUCAAUACUCGAUACUCACCUAGUUAACUUAAUAUUAAAUAAUUCAAAUUCGAUUUGCAACAUUUUUUUUUUCAGCUUUCAAUACAUAUAUGAUGUAGCAUACAUCAUAAAUUCAUAUUUAUCAAAUUUGAGUACACAACUAAGUUAUUAACAUUAACUCAUAUAAAUGUUUACAUCAUUAGAAGUUAAUGGCUCAUAUGUCAAAGGGGUCAAACUAAUCUAAAAUUUGUUUUGUAAUACAGAAUAAACUAUAAAAAAAUAUUUUAGGCUUCCCUUGAGCAGUAUAAAUUAUUUUCGUUCAUACAACUUGCCUAACUUAGAGAAGGGUACAAAUUAACUAAAAAAUUUGUGAAAUGAAACAGUAACAAAAUAAAGCAAAAACUAGAGAACUAGCAAAUGAAAGUGUUGUACUUGAUUGUGGUAUUUCGGCGUUAGGUUACAUUUAAGAAACGCACACAAAUUCAUUUGUUGUUAUUUCGGCCUUGUCAAUUUUGACAUUCGGCGUUGUGGUAACGACCCAACAAAAUCUAUAAAACACUGUUGACCAACUAAUCAUCAUCGUCCAUUCGAAAAUUAAUGUUUGUUUACAUUUUUCCGCUUUUUGGCGCGAUUUAAAAUGCUUGUGCUGCCCCGUAUGCUGGGUGACGAAGUAAAGAUAGUUCCCAAGGUCCCCUUUAAGAGUUUCCAGAGCCUGGUACCUGGUUCGCCCGAUAAUCUGCUUGAUACUACGAUGCUGUUCCAACUACAUGCCAGCACCCCCGGCUGACGUGGUAUGGCCACUCACGUAAGGCUGUUCCAAACAUUGUUCCCCACCGUUCGCCCAAUCUGCUUGCUUUUGUAUUUAUCCGGUGUCUCUGUUCCAAGCUGACGUCAGUGCCCCGAGCUGUGUGCAUACGCUUUAAAACUUCGCCUGUUUGUCUUAUCUAUCCAAACAUUAUGCCGGAAAGGAAAAUAAAUGCCAUAGUUUUGCGUAUUUUUACAGUAUAUUUUUGGGUUUAACAUUAUAAUGUGAGUGUGUCUAAGCUUUUGUUUGCUUUAGUGGAUUUAUGAUUAAUGUUCAGUAGCGGCCAUGUUGCGGUGUUUGUUUACCAGUGACGAGACAAGUCUUUUUCCCAGUAUUUAAAUUUCGCGUAAAAACACUGCUAUUUCGCGUUUUAAUACUAAAUUUUGUGUAAAAACGCUGUGUUGUGGCGAUUUUGCAUUUAUCGUCGUUUAAUCGCGAUUGCGAAAAGAACAGGCCUCUACUAAUACGCAGUGAUAAUUUUUUUAUAAAUAAUUUUUGUACUUUGACUUAUGUAUAACAUCGACCCAAGUUUUAGAUAUUGUUUAUUUGGGGAAAUAUGACUGUGUUAUAUAUGCGUCUAGUCAGUCAUAACCCCACUCAACGAGUCGUUAAAUAAUUGUAUCUGACAGAUUUGCAAUGUUGUGAAAUGAUUUUUUUUUGCUACAUGCGGGAAUCGAAUUUUAUCACAGAUUCUCGAUUCUCGAUUAUUAAAGUAGAAUUGGUAGGUAUCGAUGAAAUUAGGAAUCUGUUUUCCCAUCCCUAGUAUAAAUAAUAGAACUAACUUAAGUUAUCAUCUGUCCAAAUUCAUUAGAUAAAAUUAACCAGGUAAUGCUUAAAUAAUAGUACUAUUUUUGCUAAUUUUUCUUCUUCAUUAAUGUCUUUUUUUUUUAAACUUUCCUAAAUGUGCUUAUUUACCAGUCAGGUACAUUUGUAUGUACCUAUUUUGAAAAAAGUAGGUUUAUGUGUUUGUCUAAUCAGCAUGUGAUCAUAAUCAAAAUGUUUUCUUUUAGGACUUCAUAAUGGUGCAUAGUUUUUUAUUUUCAUUUAAAAAAAUUUACUUGCACACACAUUAUCUUCUAUAGUCAGUCAUCAGCAUCUUAGUCAUGAAUAGUGAUCCUAUGACUGAGAUUGUGUGUUUUGACUGUGCUUCUUCAUUUUAGGCGACCUUACACACACUUGAGAGUAUUGAAAGAUGCUGCUCGUGCAAAUUGUGGAUAGUCUUUGCUGAUUGUUUACUAGUUCAUUUGAAAUUGAGAUGUUUGUUUUUCGGACUCCGCUUGAAAUAUGUAGUAUUCUUGGCAAGCACAUUUCAAAGGCAUUUAUUGCGUUUAUAUUAGGCAUGUGCGAGAAAGACUUUUUUGAAUUCGAGACGAGAUCGAGAAAGCAAUUUAAAAAUUCUCGAGAAUCGAGUCGAGAUCGAGAAAUCUGUACUUUAGUUAACAGGAUAAUAUGAUCCAAAAAAGUAAAACUCAAUAAUCUGACAAACAUACAUAAUUAUUCAAUAAUUUUAUCAAGUAUCCACAAUUGCAAUUACAACUUUACCUUUACACUCAAGUUUAUUUGCCUAUUGUCGUAUGUAAACAUACGUUAUUGACUCCAUAGUCUAUACAGUUUCCUUGAGCCAUGGACGGUACUUGAUCAUGAAAGUCUGAACAUUCGCCACUAUCGAUAUGUCACUAUCGAUACGGACCGCAAUUUAAACAUCAUGUUGCUUGUUAUAUACUGCUGGCCGUGUGUAUAACCUAAGGCCAUAAAACAAAAUGCAAUCGCGGAAGAAUUCUGCAGUCAUGUUUAUAUUUUUAUUUUUUACCGUACCGUUUUACGUUGAUACUUGAUAUUGAUACCGAAAAUGAUUUAUUUUUAACUUUAAUGUUGGUUUUAUUGACGGAAAAUAAUAAUUUUCUUCUGUAAUUUAAUGUGAUAACCACAGCACAAUUCAUUGUUUACGUUUACCGUUUCAUGUAGUGACUUGUGAACGGAAGUUGUUCGUUUUUAACUUUUUAAUAAUUUAUCGUGUAUACUAUCGUAACAAGUAUAUUUUAUUUUAUACGAUCUACGUUACGUUGAAUAUAUGUUAAUUAUUUCAACACGCAACACAAAAUGCUGCCUCAAUAUAUUAUAUUACCUAACCUAUUUCUUGUUUACAAAAUUCUCGAAAAUUCCGAGCCAAAAAAAUUAUCUCGAGACGAGAUCGAGAAAAUUUCUGUCUCGACUCGUUCUCGAUGAUGCCGAGACUCGCACAUCACUAGUUUAUAUACAAUUCCGUUAUGGUCCAUGAUUCAACGCACUACAGAAAAAACUGAACAAAUUAACCAUCAAAAUUGUUUUGUCAAGUAUUCAGUAAUCGGUUUGUGAGACCAUUCAUGGGAAAUUGCUAUACGCCGAUUUAUCUCUGAAGCCUAGCUCCCCUGGUGGAAAAGUAAUGUUAAAAAGUUUUUUCCCUAUCGACAAUCAAUCAUUUUGUUUUUUCCAUUUUGUUUUUAUCUCUAAUAAAAUUGUGAGUUCUUAAAACACUACCAUUGUGAUAGCAGGUUGGUGGCCAGACUCUGCAACAAAAGUUACACAUUCUUAAAAGAUUUCCUGAAUAACGUUUUUUGAAAUAUGUAUAUAUGCUGGUUGCUGUAGACUUUCGCACCGCCUGAGGUAGCGGGCACAGCUCAUAAAGUGGUUUUUAUUAAAUAGAUGUCAUGCUCUUAAGUGUGUACAAGCUUAAUGUACGUAUAUAUAAUUAUGUUUCUCUGCCUAAUUCAUACUCUAAACUAAAUUAUCAUUUUUGUGCCUGUAUUCACUCUUUUAUGUACAUAAUUAAAUUGGUCUGUCCUAUCUAAAAAUAUUUGAUGAACUGAUAGAAUUAAUUAUUCUAUGGUAUCUUCCAAAACUCUAAAUUAUUAAUAGAUUUGUUGGUAUGUUUUAAUUUUUGGUUGUUGUUUCCUCUUCAUAGACGUGUUUAUUUAUUUUUGUUUAAAAUUAUAUAUUAUAUGAGAAGACAUUUUUUAUGUAUAACAUGGUGUUUUAAUCAAAUGCCAUUCUUGCCAGGAAAAUAAAAUUUAUUUGGCCUAUGUUUAUAAAUGAUGGUUGCACACAGUACCAGCUCUUAUUUGAAGGAUAGGUUUCGCUGUAAGAGCCAUACAUUGUGUAAUGCCGUACAAGGUAGAAUGUUGUGUGUGCACACACAUUCAAGUAUCAAUAUGAAUUCCUCUCUGGUUUACAAACAAGUUUGCACUCACUCUCGCCACCAGAUGAUUUGGCCACAGAUUAGCUGGCUCCCUGUUGAAAUCCGAGCUUUUGAAUGCAGCAUGCUGUACACAGCGUAGCUCAAUGCUGCUGUUUGUGUGCGUUGUGAAAUUUCGUCUGCUUGUAUUUUUAUGUUAUUGUGGCCUGAAUUAAGCACUCAUUUGUUCACAGUUAAUGCCACAGUUAGCUACUGAAAUGAAACUAACUUUCUGAACGUUAACAGUUUUUUUGCCAACUAUGAUGAAAUAAUCUGAAGAGGUUGGAUAAUGUUUUUUUAUUUUUGCUGUGACAUUUUGUUACUGUUUAUAGAGGAUUUAUUUGAAGUGGUUAGUAAAGCCACACUGUAACAAUAGUGUUGCAAUAGUAAAUGCGUACAUAUUUGAGUGUGUUACUAGGUCUGUGUGAAUAUUAGUACUAUGAUGCAAAGCGAACAUCAAAUGGAUAUUUAUUUUAAAUAUUUGCGAAAUUGAGAAAGGCUCUAUUACACUAAUAUUAUAAAAUACUGGAUUGAAUUUAAAAAAAUACUAUUUUAAUGUUUAUAAUGUUUGAACUAAGUGAUUAAUGAAUUGGGCCCCAUAUAUAAUACCAUUCAGUAAAAAUUAUAAACUAACCAUGCAUAACAUUAUUAUUAAUCAUUCAUAAAAAAAACCUGAGUACCGCAGUUGUUUUUUUUUUAAGAUGCUUGCUUUAUUCAUGCAAAACAUACACAAAACACAAAAACUAAAUAUUUUUCCUUUAGUGAAUUUUAGGCACCAUGUUUUAAAGCUUUGCAACAAAUACCUAACUUUACAUCAGACAUGAAAUUUGCCUCAAAACCGAAGCUUCAAAUAAAACGAAUAGCAAUCUUCCUGGUGAAGUUUAAUUAAAUAUUAAAAAGAGCUUUAAUUGUUUUGUUUAGUUAAAGCUUUGCACAGGCCUACAUGUUAUAUUUAUUACCAGACUAUAAAACUGUACAUUGACUUUUUCUUCAUUCCUAGGCAUUAAAAAAUUUUUGAACAGAUUUUUCACUCAAUUUACUGUACUAAUCUUUAUUAAUGAUUUCUAGCAGUUGAGCCUGUUACACAGUAUUAAUAACAAUAACUAAUAAUUGAACAAAAAUAUUUGGUAGCAAAGCAAGAGGACAUUUUCAUACAAGAGGUCACUGCUGUUUAUUUCAGCAUGUGUGGAUCACAUGAGCAAUAGUCAAUAGAGUACAAUUAAAAUUGAUUCAAACUCAAAACUGGAACAUCCCUAUGAUUUUACUUGCGGCAUAUGCAGUAUAGUUAAAUUUUUUUGAAUAGUUUAGUUGUUAAAAUUUUGACUGUAUUGUGAGUGUUGUUAGGUUUUAUUAUUGUGUUGUUAGUGAUGAAGAUUAUAGUUUUAAUUGUGAUGCAUUGUGUUUUUUGUGCCAUUUUCUUUAAAGGUUGAAAAUAAAAACCAUGAUUUUGUGUGUAGGGGCCUUAUCAGCAAAAUAUAAGUAAUUAUUAGAUCAACAAAAUUAAUUGAUAUAAAUUUUUGUUUUUUUUGUAAAUGUUCAUAUAAUUAUAUAUCAAUGUAUUCCUCACUUUACAUUUGUAAUAAAGUGUAGUCAACUUUAAUUAAAUAACAAACAUUUUUUUGAUUUUAAUGUUGGUAAUGCCCUUAAAAUACAACACCAUCAAUGUUGGAGUACUUUUUUUUAGGCUUAUAGUUGUAAGUUAAGUAGUUUUUGUGAUCAUUUAGAUCUUUGAUGAUUCAGAUACUUGGUUCUUGAAUUUGAAAUACCUAUGUGCUUUUGACAAGUUUGUAUCAGGACUAGUAAUAAUUUUGUAAAUAUGAGUGAAAUGAACGGAGUAAAAGAUCUUUAAGGCAUAAAA